AUGUGCGACACGACUGUGUUCUGGCCCACGUCAACCAACUACUUCUACGGCCCGACAGACGGUCCCGGGGCAGCCGCUGUCACCUGUAAUGCAUUAUGGGUUGAAUUCAACGGACGUGCUAGUGGACUAUGGUCCCUGGGUGCAACGUUCACGUCCACUAUCUAUUCAUCCUAUCUCACGAGCAGCGGGGCUUGUACAACCGAAGUCCGGGGUGAAGACCUUCGCGAUACGCAUACCGGUCCUGUUACCACACUCUGCGAUGGGGCUACACGUGCUCUAGGCCCUCGAGAAUCCAUCACCGAGUACUGGCCAGGUACAGGUCCAUGUAGUUCUUCCAUGGUCACCGAGACCACGACUACAUUGGUCUACCGAUCACCCUCAUCGACUCCUAGCUGCACGCUAAAUACCCAGGAAUGCAUUCCAAUCUGGCAGACUUAUAGCAGUCUGUCGAGCGCAUUUCACUCCCCCGGCACUACUGAAGUUUGGGGGGACAUCAAUAAUCCUAUCAGGCCGGAAAGCUGCCCAUCUACAACAAGAGACUACUCAGAUCCUGAUGUAUGCAAUAAUUGUCAUUAUCUCCCAGGGACAGCAACCGUAUUUUACUGGCCAGUCACCACAACUGGAGCUGUCUGCCUGGAGAACGGAACGAUCAUUCCAGCAACGCAAACGGGAGAUGGACCCAAUACUGCCGUCGUUGACGGCAAUACCUUCAUCUCUCCAAGCGUUUACGUUUCCUUUACCAGCAUCGAGGCACGAAGUAACCAGCGUGCUCACCCUGGUGGCCCCUGUGGUGGGGAGCACGAAAAUGUCAUUAUUUCUGUUGCUCCCGAAGCGAUUACAUCGUAUCGUAGGCACAGAAACGCGAAAUACCCGAUUAUUGGGACUGCUUACCCUUUCAAUCUCGCCGAGUUCCAACGGCACCAGGUCGGAGACUAUCACAUGUCUCUAAUCCCCUGGGAGCAGUAUGUUGGUGGGUCUCAGUGCUUGACCGGGGAUGAUUGUAGCAUCAUUCGCGAUGACUAUCUCCCGUGGCUCGAGGUGCCAGACGUUAUGACGCAAGUUGAUCCCCUGUGGACUAGUUGUCACCGGUCUUGGUAUAUGCCACCGGUUAGUCUUGUGCCGCUGGGUGGUGGACUAGAGUCGCAACCAACGGGCGCGGCGGUUGCAAGUACUCCCACAGCCACUUUGGCGCUGCCUUCGUCGAGACUUGCUGCGCCUACUCCCGAGGCUACCUAA